UUCCACAUCUACCACCACACCCAGGGCCCCCCCAUGAUCGACGAGUACCUCCCUAUGGACUCCAUACGAUAUGGAGUUGUUGAAGGCCUUGAUGCCGUCAACAAUUACAUACUGGAGGGAAACCUCGAUCAGCGAUUGAGGAACCUUGUUGACUACAUAAGGCGGUUCUGGGUUGGAGUAGUGGGGGUGGAAACCCUCUCAACGUUCGAGGCUCCAAGGAGAACGAAUAAUCAUCUUGAGAGUUUCCACUCCAGAUUACUGGAAGCUUUCGGCAUUAACCUCGACGUAUGGAAUUUCAUAAGAAAGCUACGAACAGUAGAGCAUACGGCCUUCUGCAAUCUUCAGAGGAUCAACCGAGCUGAGGAUCCUCAAGAAAUUAGGAGAAGGAGACAUAGCGACAAUGUCACAGAGGACAUUAGAUCGGCCAUGUCACGUCUCACAGCUGGCCGAAUCACGGUCAUUCAGUUUCUCAUGAAAGUGGGCCACUGUGCAGAUAAUAUUAUAGUUUUGAAUAGACGCCAAGAGCGGACGACAUAGCCGUUGACAUCGAUUGGAUGUUGCCGGUAGC